AUGGCGUCGGCGCCGGGGCAGUGGGCGUGGAUGGCCGCGGUUGCGGCGGAGGAGCUGGCGAAGCUGGAGGCCGCGCACCCGGGCCGCCUCGGCCCGCUCAAGGACGAGCUCAGGCGCCUCGUCUCCAAGCCCGGCUGGGACGACGACGACGCGUUCGCGCUCGCCUGCCUGGACGGCGGCGCCCCCGCCGGCUGCUCCUCCCCGUCCUCCUCGUCCCACCCUGCUGCGCCCGCGGACCUUAUGUUCACGCAAGAGUCCUCGACCAACAAGAGGAAGUGGUGCGGCGGCGGCGGCGCGGCCGGCCUCGAGCAGGGGAAGCGCCGGAGGAAGAAUGCGGCUUCGGGGGUGAAGGACCGGGCGGACAUGGCCAUCGACCGCGCCAAGAAGUGCCUGAAGAAGAUACGCGCCAUCAAGCGGAGCUUGCUUGCCUGUGUCACGGAUUGAACCCAAGGAGGAAAAAUCGUGCUAGCGGCUACAAGGAAGGGGAAAGGGAUAUGGAAGUACCGGAGAUGAUGGGUGGAAAACCAGGAAAUGGAAUUGGCCUUUAUCGAUUGCCUUUUGGCUUGUAGUUUUACCUUUUUGAGAUUGGAAAGUGGCAUCAAUUCGUUGAUGCGAUAGUUUAGCUUUCCCAAAAGUAAACAAAAUGCUAAGUACUUUAAAUUACUGCAGGAAAUCAUCUAACGCAAUGUUUAGAGCAUCUCUAGCA